AUGAGAUGUAUUAAAAUAAACAUGGUAUACCCACCUAUGCAUCAUUUCCUAAAUGUUUCUGGCUUUACGUGUUUCUUCCUUGCCCCGUUUCAUCCAUCUUUUAAUUUAAGCCAUUUCGAGAGAACUGCGUGGAGCAAUCACAUGCUGUCCCCCAGCCUCCCGCCUGCCGUGGCUGGGCCUGAGGACCUGGCUUUCCCGAGCGGUGGCCUGGGCUUGCUCCCUGCUGCUGCCAGUGUUUGGACAGAAACUAAACUCUUAUUUUUGGUAAGAUGUGAUGCUUUACAUGUAUUCAACAGAAAUUCGGUGUGUUGUUGUUUGAUUUUGUUUUUUUGUAAAGGUGAAGUUUGUAUUUUUGUCUAA